AACGAGCCCUUCUCGAUAUUUUUAGCUGACUCGCUCAUUCCCAAUAUCUCCCAGUCCUUCGUGGCGCCGCCGCCGCCUCGAUGAUCCACAGCCGCCACAUCUCUAGAUUUAAACUACCCCAGUAGCGCCACAGAUCGGAACGCAUCCCCGAGCCGUCGGUUAACUUGGGCACAUGAACUUAUCUCAGUCAGCCAAAAAUAGCCGCAAUUCCCGAUACCCUCGAUCACUCGCUCAGAGUCAUGUCUCCUUCGCACCACCUCCACCCCGCGGCCCCAUAAUGAAUCGCACCCCAGAUCCCCCAGUCCACAUCCUUCGUGGCGUCGCCGCUCGUCCAAGGAUCCACAGGCUCAGCUGCCACACCACCUACCCCAGUGGCGCUACAGAUUUUGGAACGUGUGUUAUUCUGAUUCUGAUCACCCCAAAUAUCAUGUUAAUCUCGAUCCAGCAUAUGUCGGCUGAUAUGCAGUGGUGUGUACGCCACAUGUUCUGUCAAGAUCGCGUGCCUACUGAGGUGGUGACGGACCCUGCGUCACUAGAACUUGGCACGGGCGGAUCCCCCGUCACGUAUACUAUGCUGGCUGAUAUGCAGUGGUACGUAUGGCACAUGUUUUCGAAGGGAUGAUCGCGUGCGAAGUCCGGGAUGAAAUGUGAACCGCGUCAUUGGAACUUGGCAUAGGGUAAAUCCCCCAUCGCGUCAUAAUCUGAAGUUCUGCAGCCGGCACACUGCCAAACUGAAACCACCCUAAUUGCGCCACAGAUGGAUGGAAGGACCAGCGUAUAUCGGCUGAUCUCCAGUGGUGCCUAUACCGCAUCUUUUGGUUUCGUCGAAGGUAUCAUCGCGUGGCGCGUUUUGCCUAGUGUACUAUCCACAUC